GUGGGGAGCGUUCCCAGUGCCUCGGGCGCUGGGGCGACGCCGGCGGCCUGCUUAGGUGAGGUGGUGUCCUCAGUGCGGUUUCAGCCUGCCUGGCACCUGUGCAGGGAAAGACGCCACCAUAGAUGUGAAGUCCCCUGGACGGGGAGCUGCUGACGGGCAGGGACGGAAGUUCCGGAAGCGUGCCGAGAAGAAUGGGAAAGGCUGCUUCCGGCCGCGCGCUCCCGGAGCCUGUGGAGAACGCGAGGCGAGAGCCGGCCCUGAGGGGCUCCUUCAGAGACGCUGGUCCUUUCACUGCUGCCAGGACCGGCCUCGGUAGUAAGAGUCCCACAGACCAUAUUCCUCACUUUGACUCAAUGAUCUAGAGGCAAAACACACCAGCAGAAGUCCCUGGGGAAUCCUGGCAUCGAGCGAAUCCUGCUUUCAGAGGCCAUGAGUGACCUUGAACAAUGACCAUUUUAAAGAUGGUGCAAGUGAGGCUCAAGAGGGCAUAUAAUUUAUUCAAGGGCACAGCUGCCACGUUAAACAACUUUGCUGCUGCUGCGCAAUCCGGACUCUUCCUCUGCACGGUUGAUGGGGACCACUGGAAGGCAAGACCUCUGCCCUUGCAGCUUUCACACCAGGAAGUGAACUCCGCAAGAGAACAGCCCAUCUUCACCACCCGAGCACAUGUCUUCCAGAUUGACCCCAUCACCAAGAAGAACUGGGUGCCUGCGAGCAAGCAGGCAGUCACCGUUUCCUACUUCUACGAUGUCACCAGGAACACCUAUCGGAUCAUCAGUGUGGACGGAGCCAAGGUGAUUAUAAACAGCACAAUCACACCCAAUAUGACUUUCACCAAAACGUCGCAGAAGUUUGGGCAGUGGGCCGACAGCAGAGCCAACACAGUGUUUGGUUUGGGGUUUUCGUCGGAGCAGCAGCUGACAAAGUUUGCAGACAAAUUCCAGGAGGUGAAAACAGCUGCCAAACUAGCCAGAGACAAAUCGCAGGAUAAAAUCGAGACCUCGAGCAAUCACUCACAAGAGUCUGGGUGUGAAACCCCAUCUUCUACUCAGGCAUCCAGUGUCAAUGGGACAGACGAUGAAAAAGCCUCUCACGCGAGUCCUGCUGACAUACACCUGAAGUCUGAGAACAACAAGCUGAAGAUCGCUUUGACACAGAGUGCCGCCAACGUGAAGAAAUGGGAGAUUGAGCUGCAGACCCUGCGGGAGAGCAAUGCCCGGCUGACCACAGCGCUGCAGGAGUCGGCGGCUAGCGUGGAGCAGUGGAGGAGGCAGUGCUGCAUCUGCCGGGACGAGAACGACCGGCUGCGGAACAAGCUUGACAAGCUGGAAGAACAAAGCAGUGUGAUAAGCAGAGAGAAGGAGAAAAAUUUCCAGCUGAAGAGAAGAAUUGAGGACCUGGAAUCAGAACUCCGAGAAAAGGAGACGGAGUUGAAAGAUCUCCGAAAACAAAGUGAAAUCAUACCUCAGCUCAUGUCAGAGUGUGAAUAUGUCUCUGAGAAGUUAGAGGCGGCAGAGAGAGACAAUCAAAACCUGGAAGACAAAGUACUUUCUCUGAGGUCAGACAUUGAGGAGAGCAAAUACCGACAGCGCCACCUGAAGGUGGAACUGAAGAGCUUCUUGGAGGUGCUGGACGGGAAGAUCGACGACUUGCACGACUUCCGCCGCGGCCUCUCCAAGCUGGGCACGGACAACUAGGGGGAGGCGCAGGCUCGGCGCGUGAGCCCCAGGUGUGUGCGCGCGACCGAUAGGACUAGGCGUUCUCCUGUGGGCGUGGCUUGUCAAGGCAGGCGCCGUGGGCGCGUUCACAGGAGAAACUUCCUCUCGCUUCUCGGGCCUCUGGAGGUUGUGGACAUCGGGAAGGUUCUGACUCAGGAAUCCAGGACGAGGUGUAACGUUUACCGUUUACGCAGUCAGGGCAGGGAUGUUUAUAUCUUUCUUAAGGGCUGUCGCAGCCAUAUAAACUGAAGUAAGUUUUCGAAUUCAUAUAUGCAGGUCCUUCACACCUCCUGUUUUUGAAUAGCACUCAAGAGUAUUUGAAUGCCCACCAGGCACCCGUGCGUGGGUGUAGAGAUAGCAGCCACCCUCUCAGAGUAUCAGGAUGCUUUAGAGCAGCCACUCAGUAGAGACUUGUCCCGAGAAAGAAGGCAAGCUGCUGGUGGGUGCAUUUUCUGGCACCGGCCACUCUGCCCCCCCAUCCCCAACCCCCCAGUUUGUAGGGUUGCGACAGUGCUCCUUUCAUUGGUUUUAAUUUCUGAGCAGGUUGCUGUGCUGUGGGAACAGCAUGCAGUGGGGGUACCUAGCACAGUGCCUGGCACAAAGUAGGUGCUUAAUAAAUAUUUGUUCAAUUAAACAUGUAAACAGAAUUUAGUGUUUUAAUCCAACCCCAGCAGAGUCCCUGUUGAGCAGUCUGGCAUCUUGGCGCCCUGGGUCAUUAUCAGACAUGAAUGCCCUUGGUGGUCAAGCCCAUGGAUUGGCUCGGGUGGCCCUGAGGCAGGGAGGGUGGCAGUGAAAGCAGCAGGAGCUGGUCUGAGGCCCCCCAGGAGCCCAUUCAUGGUGCUCUGCCCCUGGCGGUCUCUGACACUGGGACCACCCUUCUUCCCCAGGCCUAGGGAUUCCAGGACCACUGGUUGUCCCUGGUGUAGGGGCUGCCCAGAGCUGGGAUCUAGAGUGGGAUCCGAUGUUGGGUUUGGACACCAGCCAGAGAGUGUCAGCUCAAGUGGCAGGGCCUUGGCCUUAGUGACAGAGUUCGCCCAGGUCUACCACCGCCUCUCUCAGCUUCUGCUAAGGAGCGACUGGAGCCACAACCGCUCUUCCCUUACAGAGCUUCUCUGUGGGCACUGGGUGCCGCUGGCAUCCUGCCUUGGGAGGGACUGCCCUGUGCCUGGCAAGGUGGUUUGAAUCCCUGGCCGAAGGCGUUUCUAAACGCCUUCAGGAAGGGGAGGCCUUGGUGUCCCCUUAUCUGCUUUGAGAACCACUAAGAGAACUUGCCCCUCCAGAAAGAUUUUCUCACAUGGUUAGAAUUUCUCCCUGAUGAAUUUAGAUAAAUGAUAAAACAGGGUGGGUGGGUACACGGAUGUGAGCUGUGCCCCAAGGCGAGUUCGGAAGUCCUGCUGCUCUCCUUCACCUAGCUGAGACCCUCUGAGCCAGGCGGUCUUAUUUGAGUGGGGGGAAGGAGGGAAAGCUGGGAUCUGGAGCAGUUUAGGGGAGACCCUGCAGAUGAGGGGGUGGCUUUGGCUGAGUACAGGGCACACAGGACAUGCAGAGUGUGGUCAGCCCUCCUGCAGAUGUGAGAGAAGGCAUGCUGGCCCUGCCCCUUCCCGGGAGCUCCAGGCAGCUCUCAGGUGAUCGCACUGGGAGUAGCUCCUUACUGGCUGUGCCAGGAGACCAGGGAGCUGGGCUGGCCCUGCACCAGGCCUGUGGCCAGCGGUGCAAUUAAGGGAGUUCUUCUCAGGCCAGGUCAGUCCCCCUGUCAGCAGACUGGGCACGUGGUUUCCCAGGAGCCGGGGACACUGGAGUCCAGAGCCUGACGUUGGGUCUCCUGAUGCCCACCACCUCUGUCUAUCAGGUGGCUUGUUAACCUAGAAGGAGCCAUCUGGACUGACGGGAGUGGCAUGCUUAGGUGACAGUCAUAGGAAGAGAGUUGCUAAAGCCACUUGUGCUCCAUAGCAGUGACUGCAGGAAGCUUGGAUGUGGCACAGCUGUUACUACAACAGCUGCAGCAUCCCUGUGCGUCCCCAGGGUCCCUGCUCACCGAUCCUUGAAGAGUCGGUGUGUGUCUUAGAUCCCGUGUUGUGCGCAGCCCAGGAGCUACGAGCAACAGGGGCUGCUUGGAAGGGGAUGGUAAACUGCAAACGUGACUUCACAGAGCACUGUACUUGCUGUUCCCCUGCUUUUCUGUAAAGAGCUUGGUGUUUAUUCAUUUACUUUCUUUUCCGGGGACAACCUGGGCAGUCAGGACAGAGACUGGCCCUGGCUGACAGCCCCUGGCGCAGUGAGGGUGGAUUCGAUAUAAUGAAAAUGACCCACUGAAUUCCUCCCGGUUUUCACUUGAGCCACUGUGACAUGUCCUCAUUUAUCAGGACCUCCAGCUCCACUCUCAGCACUGAUGUCCAUUAGUUGUCAUUAUCUUAAGCCAGGUGCAGGCAGGACGUAAACCAACUAAUGAACGUCCAGCCACGUUGUGCUGCUGGAAGAUUUAAGGCCAGGACUGCGUUUUCGUUUCCAAUCGAUGUCUCCUGAUUUUGAUACCUCCAAGACUGGCUGCCUGAAUGUGGAUUAGUGUUCUUUCUGCAUCCAUGAAACCUGGGCCCUAAAAGAGUCAAAGUAAAACUUGAAUCCCUUUAUCCAUAAUGACCCUUAAAAGCCAUGUUUGAUGCAGUAAAGACCUGACAGGGGUCUUUGAGAGUGGCGAGCGGCGAUGAACCCUUUCUAGUAUCCAGGGAGCGUAAAACCACCUGAGGGACAGAUCAGGACAGUGUGGUCAGGCCUUGAAGGGAAGGAGAAGCAGCGUCCACUCGAGAUCUGGAUCUUACAUGGUCCAUCAGUUCCACAGCCGCCUGCUUGCGGUCACUUGAGACCUCAAGUGGGCGAGAGGACUGAGCAGAGAUCGUGACCCCUAUUUUGUAGACAGGAAGCAGAGACAGAAGGUGACAUGCCCAGUGUCACCAGGUGGUGAGCAGCAGCGUGGGCUCCACAUCCAGGUCUCCUGGACCUCGGUCCAGUGUCCUUCUAUGAGCCCUGCCACUGUCCUCUCUUUGGUCACCCGGGGGUGCCGAGAAAAAGAAAAUUCUCUCAUAUUCUGACAAGACCACCCCACAGUGACACUAUUUUAACAUGUGUCCACAGCAACUGACAAUUUACAAAUGAGUGAAUGAGAAUGACAUUCACAUGCAUUCCAAACAGUAACUUCCAUUUUCAAAGGAUUCUGGUUUUGCAGAGAUCUUUCUGAGAGAGUUGGUUAAAAUGAUGUCUGUGCUGUGAGAGGCCACAUCUGAGUUCUUUGUUGAUGGUUUUAGUGGAGACUGCGGUGUGUCCAAGACACGCGGGAAGCCCUGAGACCACAGAGCAGUAAACAGAGUCCUGGCUGGGGGUUGCCAGUCUACCGCCCCCCCCGCUUCCCAGACAGGAGCCAGCUCUGCAGGGAGCAGGCCGGCUCAGUGGUUAGAGCAGGGAGAAGGGGACCCGCCCAACCCCAGGAGGACUGUCCACCUGCAGCCUCCUCAUGGACUUCUCUAGGCUCAGGCAGCCCACAAGCACAGCCACCAGGAUGCAUGACUGGUAUGCACUGCAUUUGACAUGGAGUAUCAAGUAACGGGUGGAAUGGAAUAUACAGUUCACGUGCUGCCUGGAAGCACUGUGAGAAGCCCAUUUCAAAGCGAGUCCUUUUCUAUAGAAGGGUCUGCUCUUCUCUAUAGCCAACCACAGGGCGUGCCAGGGACCUCUCUGUGGGACCUCACGUGUGGCCCAGUGCAGUCUCAGAGAGAAGGCAGCUGUGAUGUGAUUUAGCAUAGACCCUCAAAAGAGGCUAUACUUUAUUUUAAGAGGGAGCCAGCCACCACUCUUGGCUAGUCACUGAAAGCAGGUUGUUUGUGCCAUCCGUUCUUCUAAAAGUUAGCGUUCUUUUAUUUACUUGAAACGUCGCUGGAUUUUGAAGCACUGACAGUUUAAACUAGAAGCUUGCAAAUUGAUGUUAAUAUAUAUUUUUAAAUGAUAUGCAUGGUUUAAAAGGAUCCUAAUUUCUGAGUACAUGGUUUCCCCCAAGGAAAUAUGAUAUAUUCUGGGGGUGGCGAGGGUGAGAGCGUGGAGAGGGAAUCCUGUAUAGAAAUGUGUGUUUAUUUAUGUGUCCUUUCACAUAAUGUGUCUCAAGAAUAUGGGUUUUCCAGUUCCUCUUUAAACACCAGCCAGGCAAGAAGGUGACUUUGGCAAGAAUUUGGCACCUGGAUGAAAUGGUCUAAUGAAUUUAGGACUCUGUGUGCGCGCAUGUGCGUCUGCAUAUGUGUGGGGGGGGGGCGGGGGAAGCAGCAAGGGCAGCAAGAAGAAACAAUAUUUUCCAUUAAAAAUAUGGAUACCUAGGAGGAGUCUUUCAUAACCCUGGCGGUGAUGUUACAUGGAAUCCUUUUAUGAGAAGAGGUUGUGGGUCUUUGUUUCCAAGUGGAGUUGUACAGUGCCCUACUCUCUUUGACGAUGCAGAGCCUUGUGAAGAGUGGUCCCCCAGGCCACACAGACCCCUGGUGCACCUGGCAGGAGCCCAGAGAAACCACGGUGGAACCCAGACUGUGGGACAUUUUGGCAGAUGAUUGACAGGUCUGAUGAUACGCAGCUGUGGGGAAUGUAUUACUGUUUUUACCCUCCCAUACCACUUUUAAUAUAAAGUCCUGACUUUGAUAAAUUGUUGUAGCAAUAUCUUAUGAUGUGACAGGCAAUUAGUCAUUUCUUCCAUCAAAUAAAUAUAAGAGUUUCAUGAUUAAUAUGAGGUGGACAAGUGGACUUUCCCAAGGGGUUUUUUUCCCCCUUUUUUUAAUGCCUUUUUGGUAUGUAAACAAUAGAUACUUUUUUAAAAAAAAGAAACUACAGAUGAGUGAAAAGGAAAAAAAUCACCUGUUAUUACACCAUCUGAUUAUAACCACUGUUAACAUUUUGGUAUAUAUCUUUUUAGGUUUUUUUCUAUGCUUCUGUAUUUGUUUUAUUAUUUUUUCAUGAAAUACAAUCAUAUGUGCUGUUUUAUAGCUUACUUUUUCUUUUUAGCACUAUAUUGUGAAUAUAUUUCUAUAUCGUAAAUAUAUAAUUGCAUCAUUUUUAACACCUAUGCAGGUUGUACCUUGGAUACUUAGGUUGUUUCCAGUAUUUUACUGUUGCAGUCAAGGAUAUGAUGAAAUCCUUUCUUCUAACAUCUUUGUGAACUUUUCAGAAUAUUUACUUAGCAUAAUUUUCUGAAGUUGGACUUGCUGCCUCCAAAGUGUGGGAGGCACAUAGGAGACUCCAAUUUCCCUUAGAGUCAUUCAGGAUCCUGGGACUCACUGUGGCCAAUGAAAUGUGCAGACCAAGACUCUGAGAUGCCCGUGUACAGUUGUCCAGUCUCUGUUCCCUGGCCUCAGCAAAUGGCGACAUUGCAGACACGGAGCCUCUGUCAUUCUGGGUCCCUGAAUGACUCUAUGGAGCAGCUCCCCUUCCCAGCACCCCCACCGGCCCACCUGCACAGACAUGUGGUGUGACUAAAGAAUAACCUUAAGUGUGACACCACUGGGAUUUCAGGGUUAAUUUAUUCCUGCAGCAUAACAUACCCUAUCCUGACUAACGAUAAAAAGGUGUGCACAUUUUUAUGACUUUAUUAUAUAUUGCCUCAAAUUGCCUUCCAAAAGAUGAUACCAAAUUAUACUCCCACUAGCAAUGUGUGAGAAUGUCCUGCUCUCUCUUUAACACUGGUGUUACUGUGAGGCUGGGGGCUAGAUUUCAUAUGGAUUUUUUUUUAAAUUUUUUUAGCUGAGCCAUCCUGCUGCCUAUUGGCAGCUCAGCGGCAACUCAACUCGG